AUGGGGGACGCGAAACCAGGAGGGGCUAGUCGCCCUCGUCCGGGAAGUCGCAACUUCCUGACGACGCAGCAGACUCUUCUAUCCAAGAGCUGGUUGUUGAAAAAGCGACACUGGGUGGCCAUGCUAUUGGAGAUCUUUCUGCCGGUGCUCUUCAUCCUGCUCACCACUGCUCUUAAGGCACUUUCGGACGAUGCACAAGUUCCUGCCGGCUGGAGUAGCACAGCUUCGGAGAAGUCGUACUCUCUUAUGCAGAACGGAUAUCUCGUUCAAGAACCGACACUCACCGGGCUCAUGACAUACCUGGGGCUACGCGCUGCAGCUGAACUACACAACACAACUGGAGUUUCAGCUGAUGACCAACAGGCCUGUGCCUUAAGCGUAGGCUACGGUGGACUCGUAAGCACAGACACUUCUUCAGCUUUUUCUGUACUGGAAUCUUGCCGAAACUACGUGACCCCGUACAAACUGGCUAUUACUCCCGAUAACGACUUCACACGCAAAUAUUUCCUCGAGGCCGCCAAGACUUGGUACCCACGUGUGGUUGUCGAUGCCACUGUUGGCGUGACGUUGCCGAGCCUUGAAGACAGUGUCGUUUUCUUCGAUUCCGAAGAUGCUUUGGAGUCUUAUAUCGGAGAAGUUGGCUACGGGAAAUCCUUCGCGACACCGAUCAUUUAUGCUGCGUUAGUGUUCGAUGAGUACCCAGCAGAUGAGGACAUAGGCACAUACCAGUCGAUUGAGUACUCUCUGCGCAUGAACUCAACGAUGGGGAGUCGAGGUUUACCUGGGGCUGUUCCUCGUACUCUCGGGGACCCGGCGUUCGAAGCUCCAUUCCAGCGCACCAUUGAGCAAACUUACUAUACCUCUUAUGCUUCGCAGGGUUUCAUGACGUUACAGACGCUUGUCGCACGCUUCGUUAACUGUUUGCCGGAAUGGGAUGCAAAAACCAAAAGCACCACCGGUGCUUGCACGCAGAAACUAUCGACUGCUGUGAAGAGUACAGAGAACGAUGCCCGCCUCUUUCAUGCUGUUGACGGUGACGUGCUAUUAAACAGUGGAUUGUCCGCUGCUUUCAGUAGUACAGGCACGGCAUGGCAAAUGCUGCUAUCAAGCGCUGCCAAAGAUCAACUUCUUGUUCCCUUGCGCCAGGCUCCACAGCCGUAUUUUGCAACGACGGUGGCUCCUUUCCCAAUCGAGAGCUUCCUGUCGGCCCCGUUCUACGACCAAGUUAGCUCAGUCUUUCCACUUGUGUUCAUAUUAGCGUACCUGUAUGCUAUCUCGCGUGUGCUCGUGGUGCUUAUCCAGGAGAAGGAGACUCGCUCUCGUGAAUACCUCAAGAUCCUCGGUAUGUCCGAUAGUGCAAUCAUCCUGUCCUGGUACAUCACGUACUUGAUCAUCUUCAUCCUGAGCGCUAUCGUGCAAGCGAUCGCAAGCAGCGCUGGACUCUUCCCGAACAGUGAUCCAGUGUUGAUCUUCAUCUUCUUCCUGCUCUUCUCGCUCAGCGUAUUAUCCUUUGGCUUUUUCAUGAGUACGCUGUUCUCCCGUUCGCGUACGGGGUCUUUCGCAGGCAUGGUGCUCUUCUUCUUCAUGUACUUUGUGUCGAGUGGGUUCUCGUCGACAUCGUCGAUUGAUUCGAAGACUGGAGCUUGCUUACUUCCACCUGUGGCGUUGGCAUUCGGAGUUCAGACGUUGGCCACAGCAGAAUCGACGGGUGUCGGCAUGAGCUUCGCGUCGUCCAGCACAGUUGUUAACAAUUUCAAGUUCGGGUCUGCGCUCGGAAUGCUCUUCUUCGACACUUUCCUUUACACGAUCGCUGGGCUCUAUCUGGAACGUGUGAUUCCACGAGAGUACGGUACUGUGGAGAAAUGGUACUUCCCGUUCCAGCCCAGCUAUUGGAUUAGUGCUUUACGCUCGAGGAGUAGCACGAGCAAGGUCAAUGACGUUGCAAAUAAUGUCGUCAAUGGCAGUCACGCCAUACUUGAUAUACAGAACCCCAACAUGGAGGAGGCCAGUGAAGAUCUACUGCACCAAGAGCGCUCAGGUGAGGCGCUGGUGAUCCGAGAUAUCAAGAAAGAGUUCGCUGUACCGGGAGGAAUCAAGUACGCCGUUCGAGGUGUAAGUCUUGCCAUGUAUAAGGAUCAGAUCACUUGUCUGCUGGGUCACAACGGAGCUGGUAAAACCACACUCAUUUCGAUGCUCACCGGAAUGGUGGCGCCUUCGUCGGGAGAUGCCUCAUUCCGUGGACUGUCACUCAUCAACGACAUGGGAGAAAUCCGGCAAUCCUUGGGACUGUGUUUCCAGCACGAUGUGCUAUACAGCGAACUUACAGUCGAAGAACACUUGCGGUUCUAUGGACGUAUGAAGGGAUAUCGCGGUGCUGCACUUCGAGACGAGGUGAAUACCAAGAUCACGGAAGUGGGUCUUACGGAGAAGCGCAAGGUGUAUGCUGGUUCUCUCUCAGGUGGCAUGAAGCGAAAGCUGUCGGUUGCCAUUUGUUUGCUAGGUGACAGCUCACUGGUGUUCCUGGAUGAGCCCACGAGUGGCAUGGAUCCUUACAGUCGGCGUAGCACCUGGGAGAUUCUACUCAACAACCGCGCCAACCGAGUGAUGGUACUCACAACCCACUUCAUGGACGAAGCCGACAUUCUGGGAGAUCGCAUUGCCAUCAUGGCUGAAGGACAACUUCGGUGCUGUGGGUCGUCACUGUUCCUGAAAAAUCGCUACGGUGCCGGAUACAACUUCACAUUGGUCAAGAGUAGUGAUCCCGCUGUACCUUGCAAGGAAGCGUUAUUGCAAUCGCUGAUUACUGCUCGCGUACCUGCAGCCAAGGUGCUCAGUAACGUCGGUGCUGAAAUCGCCUUUCAACUCCCAUUGGACAGUACUGCCUCGUUUCCACAACUUUUUGAAGAACUCGACGAGAGACUGCGUGAUCUAGGCGUGCUGUCGUACGGCAUUUCAGUCACGACGCUCGAGGAGGUGUUCAUCAAAGUAGCCGAGGCCAGCGAUGAAGACAACCAGCAUACGCUCAGCAAAACCGGUGCGAACGCCAACACCGGCGAUGCUGCUUUGCCACCUGGUGGUCCGUCUAUUGCGAAUCUGACUGGCAUCACUAUGUUCCUCGUGCACCUGUCGGCACUGUUGCUCAAGCGCUUCCGGAUCGCAAAGCGUGAUCGCCGAGUUAUCAUCUUCAGCGCUCUUCUACCCGUGACACUGCUUGCCGCUGGAUUCAUUAUCUUGAAGACCAGCGCGCUCACACGGUCUGACGUAAAACUAGCACUUAGUACUGAAGACUUUGAGGCAAAAGUGCCCAAUGUUCCAUACUUCUGCGAAGCUGACGACUCCCAGUGGUGCUCAAAGAUUAUGAACUCGUUCUUCACUGGUGGCGAUUCUUCUCCUUUCACAAAUACCGACAUUUCGUCUCCUCCAUACACGGAAUGGCCCACUUCGGUGUUCAAUGUGAGCUACGCCGAGGCAGAUCUCGAUAGCUCAAGCAAUUCUCAUAGCAACGAGUAUUGUCUUCGUAUAAGUGACAAGAUUUAUCAGCGGGCUUUCGGAAAGACUGACGAUGAGAUGACCAAAGUCACACAAACUCCAGUGAAGGGCCAAUACGGUGGCUAUCUCGUCCAUGCCUCUGGAACUGAGCAAAUGUUUGGUUAUCACCUCUUUGUGAACACGACCGCAGCACAUGGAGCUGUCAUCUUCAAGGCCUUGAUUGACCAAGCCCUUUACCGCUUCAUGGCAGGAGGAGAUACCGACGUGACGCUCAAGGCAAACACGUAUCCUCUGCCAAUGACAGCAGCUACCCAGGCGCUCUUUGGAUCGUUCCUAGCCUUUACUGCGUGUAUCUUCAUCGUCAUCGCCUUUGCUUUCUUCCCAGCUUCCAUUGUCGGGUUUCUCGUGAAAGAAAAGCAGUCAGAACACAACUCCAAGCACCAGCAACUCGUCUCGGGAGUGAGUCUCCCAGCGUUCUGGCUUGCCAACUACCUUUGGGACUUGUUCACAUACAUUAUUCCGUUCAUCGCGGCAAUUGUGCUCAUCCAGAUCUUUGACAUCGCGGCUUUCACUGGCAACGACUGCGUAAGCUGCACGAGCGAGACGUUCUCCGCUAUUGUGCUGCUCUUCAUCCUCUUUGGACUCGCCAUUUGCCCCUUCACGUACUGCCUCUCGUACUUCUUCAAGGAACAUGCAUCUGCACAAACCUACACCAUCAUGGCUAACUUCCUGCUAGGCGUAGUGCUCAUGGUGGUUUCCUUCAUCUUGGACGUCGUGAGUGAGAGCAGUAGCGACGCGAAUAAAGUGCUCAAGUUCUUCUGGCGCCUCAGCCCUCUCUUCAAUCUAGGAAGUGCUUUACUCAACCAGUGCCUCAGUGAGAUUGGUGCUGCCUUUGGUCGGACAUCGGAAACGAUCAGUCCUUUCAAGAUGGAUGUCAUGGGGUGGGAGUUGCUGUACUUGGCUCUGGACUCGAUCGUCUUCUUUACAAUCGCCGUCGGUAUCGACUUCUUGCUGAGCUUCCCCAAGAUCAAAGCUGCUAUCUUCAAAGACCCCGUUCUGAACGAUUCACCGUUUGAAGAGGACGAAGACGUGGCCCGUGAGGCUGAACGUGUGCGAAAUGGUGGGGCCGACGGCGACGCAGUUAAGCUCCUUGGCAUCCGCAAAGUGUACAAGGGCAACAAGGUGGCAGUCCGCAAUCUGUCGUUUGGUCUUCCCAAAGGUGAAUGCUUCGGCUAUCUGGGUAUUAACGGAGCUGGGAAGACCACCACGAUGAAGAUGAUGACUGGUGAUAUCCUCCCAACGUCGGGCAGCGGAACGCUUGGCGGCUUCGACAUCUUGGACCAGCAACUGGAGGUACGCCGUCUGAUCGGCUAUUGCCCGCAGUUCGACGCUCUAUUCGAGCUAAUGACCGUGCGAGAGCAUCUUGAGUUAUUCGCUCGCAUUAAGGGUGUCGCGAGUGCGGAUCUGAACAACGUGGUAAAGACCCUCAUGCACCAAAUGAACUUGGAUGACUUCGAGAACAAGCUGGCUGGAACGCUAAGUGGUGGCAACAAACGCAAGCUCUCCGUCGCCAUUGCACUCAUCGGAUCGCCGCCCAUUAUCUUCUUGGACGAGCCCUCGACAGGCAUGGAUCCAGUUUCACGUCGCUUUAUGUGGAACGUCAUUGCUGCCAUUUCCACCCAACGCAAGGAAUCGACGAUCAUUCUCACCACACACAGUAUGGAGGAAUGCGAGGCGCUCUGUACACGUGUUGGUAUUAUGGUGGGUGGUCGUCUGCGCUGUCUUGGCAGCGUCCAGCACUUGAAACACCGUUUCGGUGAUGGCCUUAUGCUUGAACUAAAGCUUGUAGGCACACCGACACACGACAUUGCAGCUCGUGUAGCUUCUGUAUUCAGUGGGAGUGCUCCGACGACGACAUUCCCUCGUGAAGAACUGCGAGCUAAAUGUGACGCCCUUGGUGAUGCUUCUUGGGCAGACAAGAUUGUGAUGAACCAUGCGACGGGGUAUGCGUUGGCUGCGGCGCUCGAGCGCGACGGCACGUUGCGACUGGGUAUGCUGUGUGCGUGGUGGGCGGCCGAGGAGCGAUUCUUGUCGCUGGAUUCAUUCUUGCGCGAUAGCUUCGCUGUUAACGCCAACACUGGUGUGAAGCUGCUUGAACGACAGAAUGAUCUGUGUCGCUACAAGCUUACAGGUCAGGUGCCGCGACUGGCGAACGUAUUCAGAUGCGUUGAGGGGAGCAAAAAGCAGCUAGGAAUCCGUGAGUACGCCGUCUCGCAGACGACACUGGAGCAGAUCUUCAAUAACUUUGCCGGCCAGCAGAGCGAGGAAAAGGGCGUAGCUCGUGGCGUUGGCGGCUAG